AUGUGCACACUGACAUUUCCAGACUCUUCGAGUUUUGGAAGCGGCUCUACUAUACAAAGUUGGACGAAUGAUCCAAGAGAUAACAGGGAACUUGACAAGUUGAAAGACAGCUAUGAUGGCUUAAGCAAUAUUGCGAGUACCAUUCCGGAAAACCUUGACAUUGAUGUGAAUGUGAUAUACUUCCCUCAACUUGGCUUUAAUAUCGCGAUCCCGCUGAACGAGAGGGCCGAGGCAGCCUUCACUGGCUCCGAUGAUGAUUGGGAGCUCAUUUUUGUCACAGAGAACCGGGCAUACUUUAAGGACUUUAGAAUGAGGGAGAUGGACGAGAAACUGGGUGACAUUUAUGGGCUAAUAUGUGAAAUUGAGAUUGUCUACGAGCUAGCACAGAAAGUGCUUCAAUAUGAGAAAGUACUCCUUGAGGCGUCAGAUAUAUGUGGUCACAUUGAUAGUAUCAAAGGAGGCCGGUAA